AUGGACGUCAAGACCAUCAGUAAAGGAAUAACCGGCAUGAAGAAAGCCAAGAACGGCGGAAUACUUAUGGAGGUUCGCGGUGACGAAGCAGCGGUAGAGGCAAUAAGAUCCGAGGUGGCCAAUUCAGCGGGGCAAGAUGUCAGCGUUAGGCUUCUAGGUCAAAAAACGAUGAUCAAAAUCCGGGACAUUGAUGCGUGGACCGACAAAGAGGAAAUCGCUGAUUGCAUCGCAAGAGAGACUCCAAUUGCCAAGGAGAACAUUAACGUUGUCAACCUAAGAGCUUCCCAUGGGGGCAGGCAGACAGCAUUGGUACUCCUGCCCACGAGACAAGCACGCGACGUUGUUAAUAAAGGUCGGCUGAAGAUCAGCGUCGUCAGCUGCAGGGUACGACAGGCAGAAAAAAGAAAUGUAAGGUGUUUUAGGUGCCUUGCUUACGGGCACGACACCAAGACAUGCCAGGGAACAGACCACGGAAAAAAUUGCAGGCGAUGUGGGACAAUAGGACACUUGGCUAAAAACUGCAAAGCGGAGGCGGCCGAGGCUGCGGCUUUCAGGUCUAUGCUGGAGAAGGUGUCGAUGGAGGCCCGGGCAGGAACCGGGGAAAACGAGGCGUCGUCAUCUGGUCGUGAUCUGCAAUGA